AUGGCUGCUAACAGGAGGAGAAGGAGUAGUGGUACUGAUGACAUCGCAGAGGCUAUUAACCUGAUGGUGGAUGCAAUGCAGACACCGGUAGCAGCACAACCUAGAAUGGCGAUUGCACCAGUUAGGGUGCCGACUGUGGAGGACUUCGUGCGCCACAAGCUAGCGGAGUUCACUUGCAAAGCCUCUCCCGAUGAAGCGAAUCUGUGGCUCCGCAAAUGUAAGAAGAUCUUCAAAGUGAUGAACUGUGAAGAUGAGCAGAAGCUGCUGUUUGCCACAUAUUUGCUGAAUGAGGAUGCAGAGUAUUGGUGGGCGGGAAUGCAACAGCAGAUGCAGACUCGAGAGGAACUGAUAGAUUGGGCUAACUUCAGGACGCGGUUCCUGGAGAAAUAUUUCCCUAACACAGCCAGGCAGGACAGGGAAGCUGAGUUCCUUGCACUACAGCAAGGGGAUAUGACGAACAUUAUUGAGGAGUGGAGGUGCUUGAAGUUUGAGCAAGGACUCAAACAUGAACUGAAGAAGGUGGUGAUACCUUUGAGAGAGAUAAGGUUUUCAGUCUUGGUGGAACAGGCCAAGAGUGCUGAGCACCUAGAGAAGGGCCCUGGUCCUGUUGCUAGACAUCAAAAAAGUGUCGUAGAGGCGAGGCAGAUGAAAAAGCCUUACAGCCGACCACAGACAUCUCAGGGUCCCAUUUGCUACCAGUGUGGCGGACCCCAUUUGAAAAGGAAUUGCCCACAGCUGACAGGUGGAGUAGGAGGGUCAGGCGACCGUCGCAAGUGUUUCAUAUGCGACAAACCUGGACACUUUGCAAAUAAUUGCCAAGAAAAGAAGAGUCUGAGUGUGAAGAAACCAGCAGCAUCACCCGUAGAAAGGGCUAGAGCGGUCGGUAGGGUCUUUGCCUUGACCUCCACAGAGACUACUCGAUCAGGUAACCUUAUCCUUGAGCCUUGCUUAUUGUUGGGUUAUUCAGUGUUGGUGUUGUUCAAUUCUGGAGUAACACAUUCUUUCAUUGCUAAUGCGUGUGUGAGGAGAUUGAAUUUGGUGAAACGUGAUUUGGGGUGUGAGUUGCUUGUUUCAACUCCCUCCUCGGGUCAAGUAGCUACCAGUUCAGUUUGCGUUGGGUGUUCAAUGGAAGUGGCACGUCACAUAUUCAAGGUGAACUUGGUGUGA